UCUCGCUGGAGAGGAGGCUGUUUUUUGUUGGGAAGUUUCUGUGAGUGAGUCAACACGGCACACAGGGAGGACGCCACCCAGCCCCGCCGCUGAAUCCAAAGCUGGGCUUCUCUCCACUCCUCCGAGGACGCGGGACACACAAAGACAACUUCACAUCGACCUCUUCACAACAACUGGGGAUUUAGUUUUUUUUUAGCCUUCGCACACCGGGGAUGGUUAUUGUCUUUUUGACGCGGGGUUUUCCUCAUUGGAAUUAACGCAGCGGAAGGUGAAAUGAAAGUGACGGUGUGUUUCGGGAGGACCCGGGUGGUCGUUCCGUGCGGCGAUGGGAAUAUACAAGUCCACAGCCUUAUCGAACAAGCUGCCAUGAGGUAUAAGAAGGCGAUCGCAAAGGACCCCAGCUACUGGGUCCAGGUCCACAGGUUGGAACAUGGAGACGGAGGUAUUUUGGACCUGGAUGACAUGCUGUGCGAUGUGGUGGAUGACAAAGAUAGGCUGGUAGCAGUAUAUGAAGAGCAGGAUCCUCACAAUGGAGGGGACGGUACCAGUGCCAGCUCCACCGGUACGCAGAGUCCCGAACCCUUCACUGGUGACAUGAGUUCAGCGUCGGCCUUUCAGCCCUACCAGGCCAACAGUGAGAUCGAGGUCACCCCAUCUGCUCUGCGAUCCAACAUGCCUCUCCAUGUCCGUCGCACCAGUGAUCCCUCCCUGGCCGGCCUUCCUACGGGGGAAAUCCCGGGUGGUCCAGAGGAACCGUCCAGAAAGAACCCAACCCGCUGGUCCACAACUGUUGGCUUCCAAAAGCACAAGCACAAACCAAACACAAGCGCUGGCACCGGCAGCCUGGAACGAAAGGGUAGGGGAGGCCAGGCCUAUCGGAGUCUUCCACGUGAUGCGAGUGGCUGGACCACUCAGUUCCAGAGGGAAAUGACUCGAUCUUCCCUGAGCGCCAACCAUCCAAUGGUGGACCGAUGGCUUGACAGACAGGAACAGGAGGAGGAGGAAGAAGAGCGGAGGAGACAAGAAAGGAGGAUUGAAAGGAUUGAGCCAAUAGGGAGGGCCGAUUCCUCAUUGGAAUAUUCUCCUGUGUUGAGUCUAGAAUCCCUGCUCAAGCCAGUAGAGGUGUCCAAUGGAGGAGGGCCCCUCGGGAUCCACGUAGUGCCUCUCAGUUCGCAGGAUGUCAGGACUCAGGGCUUGCUGGUGAAGCGACUGGAGCGUGGGGGCAAAGCCGAGCAGGAGCGUCUCUUCCAGGAGAACGACUGUAUUGUCAAAAUUAAUCAGGGAGACAUUCGCCACCUGCGCUUCGAACAAGCCCAAAACAUUUUCAAGCAGGCGAUGCGUGGGCCCGUCAUCCUUUUUCACGUGGUCCCCGCAGCCAUGAAGAGACAGUACGAGCUGCUGUCGGCCCAGAGCGAGCUCAGCCCGCCCCAGUCCAACAGAGUCCGUUUUCGCCAAGACUUUCAGCAGUCGGGGGACAGGUCCAGUUUGGUGGGGGGGGUGACUCCCAGAGCUGGACCACAACCAGGCCUCAACCACGACCACCAAGGACCCCUGGCAGGAAGCACCCCAGAGCUGAGCCGACGGUACACCACGUUACCAGCCCCCUCCACCUCCCCCUCCCUGCAGCGCAGGGUAAGCACAAAUCCAUCCACCAGCUCCUACCUAAAGAACAAAGGACGCAGAUUCAACAUCCAGCUGAAGAAAGGUCCAGAGGGUCUUGGGUUCAGCAUCACAUCCAGAGACGUCCCCAUUGGUGGCAGUGCUCCCAUUUAUGUCAAAAACAUCCUUCCUCGAGGGGCCGCCAUCCAAGAUGGCCGAUUGAAAGCUGGAGACCAGCUGCUGGAGGUUAGUGGAGUGGACCUGAAUGGUAAGAGCCAGGAAGAGGUGGUGGCCCUGCUCCGAGCCACGCCCAUGGAUGGAACUGUGAACCUGUCGGUGAUUCGCCCAGAGGACUCCCUGCUGCCCCGAGAAGUGCAGCCAGAGGAAGAUGACAUGGUGUUAACCGCUGACGGAACACAAGAGUUCCUGACCUUUGAGAUCCCUCUGAACGACUCAGGCUCAGCGGGCCUGGGGGUUAGCGUCAAGGGUAACCGCUCCAAGGAGAACCACGCUGACUUGGGCAUCUUUGUGAAAUCCAUUAUUAAUGGAGGUGCUGCUAGCAAGGAUGGCCGUCUACGAGUCAACGACCAGCUCAUUGCAAUCAAUGGGGAGUCAUUGCAUGGGAUGACCAACCAGGACGCCAUGGAAACGCUGCGGACAUCCAUGUCGGUAGAGGGCAACAAGCGAGGGAUGAUUCAGCUCAUCGUGGCUCGGCAGGUGUCCAAAAACAAUGAGGUAGCCCUCUGCAGCCCUCCGGUUUUAGAGCGUCCCGUGAACUCUCUACUGGACAAUCAGGAGCGCCGGAUUUCCAACUCUCUGUACGAGAGCAUUGAAGGCUUGCACAGCAACUCCCCACCGCUGGCUAAUGUGAUCGGACGCAUAGGUAACUACCAGCUCUCUCCCACUGUGAACAUGCCGCAGGACGACAUAGUGAUGAUCGAAGACGAUAGGCCGCCCCUGCUUCCUGCCCACCUUUCCGACCAAUCAUCCUCCAGUUCCCACGAUGACAUGGGCUUCGUGGGAGAAUACCCGGUGCCCUGGAUCCACGAGCUGCCCGGUCAGAAUGAAUGCUCGCUCAGUCCAGACGCGGACCCUGACGGUUCGUUCCUGAGGGAGGGCUUCGGCCGCCAGAGUAUGUCAGAAAAACGCACCAAACAAUAUGAAAAUGCUAAUGAUCUGGAAAUCAUCAAGGCGCGGAAGUCCAAGAGCAUGGAUCUAGUAGCAGAUGAGAUUAACUGCAGUACAAGAACCAAUGGAGGUUCUGCAGAGGUCGGACCCUCGCUGGGCCUGAAAAAGUCCAGCUCCCUUGAAAGCCUCCAGACGGCUGUCGCCGAGACAUCGCUGAACGGUGAGAUCAACGUUAACAGGCCGCGCUCGCGGAUCGCCAGGGGCCGCGGCUGCAACGAGAGCUUCCGAGCUGCAAUUGACAAAUCGUAUGAGAAACCUGGUGUCACAACAGCAGAAGAAGAGAACAGCAUGGAGACAUUGAAUAUAUCCAUCCCUACUUGGUGUUUGAUGACAAAAAGACAUGCGUUGGGGAUAGAGAGACAGCCGUCUUACGUUUUUGUGACAGUGGACGAAGACACGGAGGGAAGUUCCAGAUCAGGUCGCGAGUCGAUGUCCACCAGCGGCGACCUCAUUGUGGGACCUGGGCUGAACGGCAACCUCUCCAAAGAUGACAGGCAGAAAGAUCGGGACAAGGUUGGGGGGAAGGAAAAGAGGAAACCUGAAAGGGAUAAAGAGAAGGAGAAAGACAAGGACAAGAACAAAGCCAAGAAAGGCGUGCUGAAGGGCCUGGGCGAGAUCUUCAGGUUUGGAAAGCACCGGAGGGAUGAGCGACCAGGAGACAGGAUGGAGAGAAAGGGCUCCAGUAAAUCUAAAGCUGAGGACAUGCAGGCGUCAGAGGAGGAGACCUUGCGGAUGAGGCUGGAACAAGGGAGAAUACAGGCCAAGAUGCGGGAGCUUCGGGAAAAGCAGGCUAAGGAGAGGGAAUAUGCUGAGAUCCAAGACAUUGUCGGCGGUGCCUUCAGCUCAGAUGAGGAGCACACCUACGCCGGCAUCGGAUCAUUAGACUCGUCGGUGGACAGCAGCAGCAUGGAGACUCACAACCACCACUACCAUCUCCCCCAGAGUCCCCAGAGCCCUCACCUUCCCUUGAGCCCACAGGACAACGGUCCACCCCUGGAGGCUCUGUACGCCCAGGUCAACAAGCCACGCAAUGGACGCCCUGCAGCUCCAGACAGCAGUCAGAUGGCUCCCAGUAACCACGACCGGAUACAAAGGCUGAGGAAUGAGUUCCAGCAGGCCAGGCAUGAGGAUGACGUCGAUGACCGUAGGCACACCUACAGCUUCAACCAGUCCUGGGUAAGCAAUGGGACGGAGACGCUGAGUGGACGCCAUUCAGUAACAGUCGAGACUCAGGUCCAGAAACAGCAGCAAGAGGAUCGAGAUGGUUUCCAACCAGCACAGAGACAGUACAACUCCCUGCCACGGCAACCUCGUAAGACUCCCAGCACGGUGUCCCAGGACUCACGGGACAAGGUGUACAUGCCAGCAGAUGGAUUCCAGACAUCAAAGGAGAACCCAGGCUACUCCAGCAGCCAGGGAUCACGUAACGGCUACCUUGGAACGUCCAACUUCAAUGCCCGUGUCCUCUUAGAGACUCAGGAGUUGCUAAGGCAGGAGCAGAGACGCAAAGAGCAGCAGGCCAACAAGGCCAGGCCCCCUCCCGCACAGGAAACCCCCAGCGGCAGCACCUACGACCACAACAGAGAGCACCCGCAGGCCCCAGGCUCUGCCCCAGUUCAGGCCCCACCUCAGUCCAAGGGCCCCUACAGACAAGAUGUGCCUCCGUCGCCUUCUCAGCUCGCAAAGCUCAGCAGGCUUCAGGGAUCAGAGAAAGGGAGGCUGUUUUACUCCUGAGACAGUGACAAGGGAUUAGAAAACUUUUGGAAGAUUAGGACUGAUUCUAAGGAGCAUUAACAUGUACAAAAUACUAAGAGGGCAAUAAGUCUGUGUUUUUUUGUUAAUGAAAUGUUGAGAUACAAAGAUUUUUAUAGGACUGUUGAUAGAAAAUGUUAAUAUUUAAAGAAAAAAAAAGUUUUUUUUAAUGAUAUAAACCGUUAGCUUUCAAAAAGAAAUGAAUUGAGAUGUUUUACUGUCCACAAUCGUGAUCAUCUAACUAUGUGUAUAAGUGCCUUCUGGUCCAUCGAUUGUAGACAUCAGCCCAAUUGUUUUUUUUUGGCUCAUGAUCUGCAGCUUUGACCCAUCCAUCUGAGACAUUUACUAGAGCAGAAGGCAAUUGGUUUGGGCCAUCACUGCAUCGCCAGAUCUACCCCCCCCCCAUAACCCCGAGCACAAGCAACACAUUCUCACUCCCAUCGUGUCAAAAAUCAACGCUUGGCCUUUUGGCGUUUGACGCAAAAAGUGUCCGUUAGAAUCAUAUUUCGACACGUUUGGUAGGGACUCUUGGCGUAACUUUUUGGCGCUCUGGGUCGGGGCUCUUGGCGUCAUAUUUGGGGACUAUGCGGUUUAACUGACAUGUGACACAAGAACGGGACAGUUAGGUUUAGGAAACGAUUGUGGGUGGAGUUACAAAAUGCACGUUUCCGUGACACGCGGAACAUAAACAGGACAUGGUCUCUCGGGUAAAUGUCCCGUGUUGUUUGACCCAUCCACCACCCCAACUAACAUCCUUACGCGUAUUUUUGGUCUUUUCAUACCGUUGUCGCUCUUAAUACUACGUCAUCUUUUAGCGCCGAGGUCAAGCUGCUUAUGCUCGAUGCGUUCUGUUCAGACGCCAAAGGGUGAUUUUUGCGUCGGUAUCUGACUGAUCAAGCGUCAGUAUUUUAGGAGUUGGGAGUGAGAAGGGGAUGGCACUAGACACGGCCCGGGCAUGUUUUUCUACCACUCGGGUGCUGGCGAGGUCUCAGUCGACACCACGCUUGCGUGAAUGAGGCUUAUUUUGGCUGUUCGUGGGGACUUUGUCGAGCACUACACGUUCAUGUGAGCGUGCAGCGACUGUGCACGUGUGUGUGUGUGUGUGUGUGUGUGUGUGUGUGUGUGUGUGUGUGUGUGUGUGUGAGAGAGUGCUAGCAGGAGUCGGUGUGUAGUGACUGAGUGUGGAGGUUAAGCAGCUUGUGUGAACUGUGGAGUCAGAGCUUCAGUUUUGGGCAUGACCGCUCACCCAUCGCGCCCCCCCCUCACCCCCCCAAGUUCAGGCAGGGAAAUGUCCCCUUCGGUUUUACUUACCCAGAGUAGAUCCUCCUUCCAACCCCCUCUUGUAUUCAAUAUGAUAAUCCUGAAUUCUCUCUGCCUCUGCUGGCAGCGUUAUCCCUGUUUUUUUCUCUUCACAUUGUCACCCUCACCACACAGCCCUCUCGGUGGAGGAAAACAGCUUCAGAUCUUCUUUAUUCCUACCCUGUCCCGCCUACCCAGGGAACCCAGCAGUGUAAAUGGGGUCGGGCUUGGGUUAUUAAUUAAUGUACCUCAUUAAAAGGGAAUGGGCCCCUUUGUGUGUGUGUGUGUGUGUGUGUUGUCAUGUAUGGCGAGAAGGAAGAAACAGUGACCCUGCCAGCGUAGCUGUGGCCCCGUCCUCGCCUGCUGUAGAAUGAUUUGGCUGUAACCGAAGCCCGCUGGCCCCUAGGUGUCUGAGUUGUUGCUCCCUGAAUAUUUCAUCAGGGUGCUUACAUCAAACCACAUCAGUUCUGCAGUAGAUGGCCUCAGUGUGGGACUGCCUCGCCAUGGGCUCGAUACAAUGGAGCUGAUUUUGUUUUCUUUUCAUGAUCAUGGCCAUUGGUAGAAACACUCGGGAGCCUUUCCGUCAUUCAAUCAAUAAUUACUGGUGCAUUUUCAGUGUGUGUGAGAGUGUAUAUGUAUGAUACUGUGUGUGUGUGUGUGUGUGUGUGUGUGUGUGUGUGUGUGUGUGUGUGUGUGUGU